CGCGGCGGUGCUAGGGUCGCAGUGCGUGGCCGAGGGGAACGGGGAGGCACCGCGGAGUGGAGCGGCGAGAGAGGAGACGCGGCCACGGGGUAGACGGAGCCGCGAGCGAGCGCGCGAGCGCGUGGUGGCGGUGAGUGCGGAGUCGUCCCAACCCGAAGGGGGCGAGCCGGAGAAGUGAGCUCCUCCCGGGGAGAGGCGAGCCGGGCAGAUUGAGGUAAGCCCUGCUCAUGGCUGGGCGCUUCCUCGUGAGACAGCACCCCGCGUGAGACAGCACCCCGCGUGAGACAGCGUGAGACAGCACCCCGCGUGAGACAGCACCCCGCGUGAGACAGCGUGAGACAUCACCCCGCGUGAGACAACACCCCGCGUGAGACAGCACCCCGCGUGGGACAUCGUGAGACAGCGUGAGACAGCACCCCGCGUGAGACAGCACCCCGCGUGAGACAGCGUGAGACAUCACCCCGCGUGAGACAACACCCCGCGUGAGACAGCACCCCGCGUGGGACAGCACCCCGCGUGAGACAACGUGAGACAACACCCCGCGUGAGACAGCGUGAGACAGCACCCCGCGUGAGACAGCACCCCGCGUGAGACAUCACCCCGCGUGAGACAACGUGAGACAUCACCCCGCGUGAGACAACGUGAGACAACACCCCGCGUGAGACAACGUGAGACAGCACCCCGCGUGAGACAACGUGAGACAACACCCCGCGUGAGACAACGUGAGACAUCACCCCGCGUGAGACAGCACCCCACGUGAGACAGCACCCCGCGUGAGACAACGUGAGACAGCACCCCACGUGAGACAGCGUGAGACAUCACCUCGCGUGAGACAGCACCCCGCGUGAGACAACACCCCGCGUGCGUCGCCUUGCAGAGAGAGAGGGGCCGGUGGAGCAGCGGGGCCCAGAGUCCCGGGCCUCUCGCCGGCGCCGCGGCUUCUUGCCGAGAGAGGCGAGGGGGUGGUGGGUGGUGGUGGGGGGUCGUCAUGCUGCCCGGCGUGGGGGUGUUCGGCACGGGGCUCACGGCCCGCGUGCUCGUGCCGCUUCUGCGCGCCGAGGGCUUCAGCGUGGAGGCGCUGUGGGGCCGCACGCGCGACGAGGCCGAGCAGCUGGCGGCCGAGAUGCGAAUCCCCUUCUCCAGCAGCAGCAUGGACGACGUGCUGCUCCACCAUCUCGUGGACCUCGUGUGCAUCUUCAUCCCGCCGGCGCUCACCCGCCAGAUCGCCGUCAAGACCCUGGGAAUCGGCAAGAACGUUCUGUGCGAGAAGGCGGUGACGGCGGAGGCGGCGCUGGAGAUGGUGCUGGCGGCGCGCUACUACCCGCAGCUGCUGAGCCUCAUGGGCACGGCGCUGCGCAUGCUGCCCGCCUUCCAGCGCAUGCGCGAGCUCAUCGCCGCGGGCCGCGUCGGCCGCGUCAUGGUGUGCGAGGCGCGCGUGCACUCGGGCAGCGUGCUGGGCCGCCGCUACAGCUGGCUGUGCGACGAGCUCAUGGGCGGCGGCGGCCUGCACGCCUCGGGCGGCUACAUCGUCGACCUGGUGACCUUCCUGACGGGCCAGCGGGCCGAGCGCGCGCACGGCCUGCUGCGCACGUUCGUGCGCCAGACGGGCGACAUCCGCGGCGUGCGCCGCGUCACCAGCGACGACUUCUGCGCCUUCCAGCUGCUGCUGAGCGGCGGCGCCUGCGCCACCGUCACGCUCAACUUCAACCUGCCCGGCGCCUUCGCGCACGAGGUGACGGUGGUGGGCUCGCUGGGCCGGCUGACGGCGCGCGGCGCCGACCUGUACCUGCGGCUCAACGCGGAGGGCUCGGAGGAGGAGCUCGUGCUCCGGGACAGCACGGCCGUGCCCACCUCGGAGCUGCCGGAGCGAGCGCUGCAAGACAUUCCCUCCCUCUACCUCAAGGGCCUGGUACAGACGGUGCGGGCGCUGCGCGCCUCGUUCGAGGUGCGUGCCGAGCGGCGGGCGUGGGAGCGCGGCCCCCUGCACUCGGCCGCCACCUUCGAAGACGGCCUCUACAUGGCCAGCGUGGUGGAGGCCGUGCGCCAGUCCAGCCGCCUCGGCGAGUGGGUCGCCGUGCCGCCCACGCCGGGCCCCGAGGGCGGCGCGGCGCCGGCGGAGGCUUCUGCGGCUUCGGCGGCUUCGGGGGCGCUCGCGGCCACGUCGACGUGCACGAGCUGCGACGGAGGAGCGAGUGUGAGCGACGGAGGAGGAGGAGGAGUGGGCGAUGCCGAGUCCGAGAGAGACGGCCUCCCUUGAGCGACUUUUCGAACGGCCGGAAAAUUCACCUUUGAGACCCAUUGAAAUCGAUCUGAUGGCUGAGCAAUGGCGGUUCACGUGACUCGUUCAAGAAUAUUCAAGUUUACGUAAUUUAAACACGACAGUUCCCAUCUUUAAUUUGUUAUUUUAUAAAGAGGACGUGGAUAGCCGUACUUACCGAUGGCCGAUUUUUUUUGCCUUUGUAAGUUUCCAGGUAAGCGUCUUGGGUUGUGACUCAAGCAGACGGACUUGCAUUUAUUUGUGAACGAUCUCACAGGGUGUUUAACGUCAACUUUACAACAUAAUUUUUUUGUCGUGCUAACAGAAACUUCCCGAAUCUGUUUCGUAUUUAGCUGAGUGUGGGCAGCCACUCACCAGUCGGAUCCUCGUUAACCGCCCAGUAAUUUAUGCACGGAAUUACCAAUACGUGACUUUUGUUACCAGAUUGGCUUUUAAGAUGCCCUUGACAUCACUCUCAAGAGAUGGAUAGUGUCCUGGUGUCAUAGCUGCCAGCUCAAAAUCUAUAUUUUUUUAACAACUAUUCGGAAUUUAAAAACUCCUUAUACCGGCGCUAGAUAUCCACUCACAAGAGACAUUGUGUCCAGUUCACUCUCCCCGUGUGUAAUACAUUUAAUAACUAAUGGUGUCGCAGACGAGGGGCGAGGAGGCGCCGCCGCAGCCGGUGUGACGUCGCGAAACCGAACGUCCGACGCGGUCUCGGCACCCCAACGUCGACCCCCCCGCGUCGACCCGCGUUCUCCUCCUAGCCCACGCGGCUCGACGUCACCCCUCCUCACCCCUCCCCCCGGCCCCCGCCCUCCCGUGUGGAGCGUGCCGCGUGGGAGUCCGGGGAGCUGCCGACGGAGAGAAACUUUUUUGUCUUUUUCGGUGACGAUGGCAACGGAAGAAAGUGUCCUGAGCCGCUGGCUUGGGGUUUGGGGUGGCCUUUCCAACUACUGAACCGUAUGGGGGGGGGGGAGUAGGACAAUGAAUAGAAAUAUGCGAAAGCUUUACUUAUAUUUAAUAAAAUAUAUGAAUUUAGCUUUUUUUUUCGGCUAACAGGUUUUAACUACUGUAAUGUGAAGAGAGUGCAGGUGCUGCCCUCUCUGCCUGCGUGAUUGUGAUUGGUUGUCAACGCUUCAAAGGUCAGCUCAUGCUGCUCCCUGAUUUGCUGCAGGCGAAUCGGAGAUCUCAGUCUUACGUUUUUAAACAUGCAGUGUUGUUUUGUACGUUUCACGGGUGAACUAUUUUUAACUUUUUUUGCACGUUUCAUCCGGGGGGGAGGGGGUACUGCCGAUUGUAACACGAUGCUGGCACGUUGGUCAAUGGCACGGAAUCAAAAUUGCCCCCUACGCUUAAUGUAUGUGAUGUCACGUGUUGUAAUUACAUGUGUGUAGUGGGCAGCGGUGGUGUAGCGGUUAGCACGCCGCGCUACAAAUCCGGCGACCCGAGUUCCAUCCUCACGGCCAACACCAGUGACGAUAAUCUGUACCGAUCCUGGGCCUCCCCUAAGUCGAC